GAGGGAGAGCAAGGGAGAGAGGAAGUGGUGGGUUUCCUUCCUGGACUCGCUCUCCUAGGGACUGGUGUUUCAUUAAUGGCUGUUAGUUUAAAACAGGAAGUAAUUGAGAUUUAAGCUCAACUUUUUUUUUGGUUGAUAAAUAUUGGAUGUGUCUGGAUGUUGCUUUUUAACUCAACACGUUUCAACGCAAACUUAAGCUGAAGUGAAAAAUGCCCAGAAGAAAGCAGUCCAAUCCUCAACCUGUGAAAAUUGAGUCAGAGGAUGGCUGUGAAGAGAAUGGGCCUGAAGGACUCGUCCUGGAGAGUGACCUGAUGCUGGGGCAAGAACUGGAGUUCGAAGAUUCUGAGAAGAUCAUGGGCUUUGAAAAAGAUUCAAAAGCAACCCUGGAUCAAUUCGCGGGGCCUAAACCAAUCUGCUAUGGUUCUGAUAGAUUGGAUUUUAUUCAUGCAAAUGACAUUGGGGAGUUUUCGUCAAGCUGCAAACGACUCAAAACUGGAAAGGAACAGCACAAUGAUGUUGGGAUGGCGGGUAACCAAGUGGAAUCUACCCCAAAGUCGCAUAAAAUGCUCUCAGUCUGUUGUGAUGGUUCCCCUCCGCAGACAAAUGGUAUUGUCAGUCAGAACAGCAUGAAAACUGGUGUGGGCAUUAUGUUGGAAGAAGAUUGUAGCUUUGAGGAAACUUCUAUGCAUUGUGACAGUCUGAACAAAACCCAAAUGCUGGAUGAUAAACUCUAUAAAUGUUCUGACAGCAGCUAUACAACUAAUCAAUUGGACAAGAUUAAGUGUCAUUUCCUGAAUUGUGAAGGCCCAAAGUCUUUGAGAUGUGACAAUGCAUCUGACCAAUUAGAAACACUUGUGCAAACCCAAACUCAGAAAAAGGCCAUAAAAUGCAGCUACUGUGAUUUUGCCUGUGAUCAUAUGAUAACCCUAACGCGACACAAGAAGAAGCACAUGAAAAACAAACCUCCAUCAGAACUAAAGGAGAGCACUGCUUCAAAGAAGCCUUUCCCUUCGCAGGCAGAUUGUGGCAUAGCCACUGGAGGAAGUGAAGAAAAGAAGUUUUACAACUGCUCAUAUUGCAGCUAUACAUCAUCAUUAAUGGGGAAUCUACAGCGCCACGUCCGAAUUCACCUUGGAGAAAAACCCUUUAAGUGUGACCAAUGCUACUAUGCAACUAGCCAGUCAGGGAACUUGAAGCGCCAUAAGUUAACUCAUACCCAGAAAAAGUCUUUCACAUGCAACCAAUGUGAUUAUGCAUCUGGUCAGAUGGGGAAUCUCAAACGUCAUAUGCUGAUACACACAAGGAAAAAAUCCUUCAAAUGUAGCCAGUGUGACUAUACAGGGGACAGUAUGGCAGACCUAAUGCGGCACAAACAAAACCACAAAGACGACAAAAGUUUACUACAAAAUAAUGAACCAGAUGCAAUCAUAAUGAAAGCAAAUAGUGAGGAGAAGCCUUAUAAAUGUUUGUAUUGUAGCUAUGCAUCACUUUUGCUUGGAAAUCUCCAGCGACAUACCCGCAUUCAUCUGGGAGAAAAACCUUUCAAGUGUGACAAAUGUGAUUAUUCCUCCUGUCAAAUGGGGAACCUUAAGCGUCAUUUGCUCACUCACACACGUGAAAAAAUGUUCAAAUGCCGGAACUGUGGCUACAGCUGUGGUAACUUAUUAGAUUUAAAGCAGCAUAAAGAGACUCACAUUAAGGAAAAGCUUCAACGAGAUAAGGAAAAGGACCUACAGGAUAAACCAAGUGUCACCAAUGAAGCCUCAAACCAUACCCCCGAGCAAGUUGCAUCAAAAAUUGGGGAGGAAAAGCCUUACAAAUGUUUAUAUUGUGAUUAUACAUCAUUACUAUUGGGGAACCUCCAAAGGCACACUCGAAUUCACCUGGGUGAGAAACCCUUCAAAUGUGACCAAUGCGACUAUGCAACUUAUCAGUCAGGGCACCUUAAGAGGCACAGGCAGACCCACACACACAAAAAAUCUCUCAAGUGUCGCAUGUGUGACCAUGUCUGUGAGAACAUGGCAGACUUAAAGCAGCACCAGCAAAAUCACACUGAGAAAAUCGGAGGUGGAGAAAAGAAGCCUUACAAAUGUACAUACUGUAAUUAUGUUUCUUCUUUAUCAGGGAACCUGCAACGGCACAUCCGGAUUCAUCUGGGAGAAAAGCCCUUCAAAUGUGACCAGUGUGAAUAUGCAUCUCACCAGUCAGGAAAUCUCAAGCGUCACAUAUUAACGCAUACUCGGCCCAAGUCGUUCAAAUGUGGCAUCUGCUAUUACACCUGCAGCAGUGCAGUGGAAUUAAAGGAACAUAAGGAGAGUCAUGUCAAGAAAGAAUUGUUGUUGGAAGACGAUGAGAAUGGGAAUGAAAAAGCCCAAGAACUUUAUUCCUGCAAGCUGUGUAGCUUUGUCUCAGAGUACCCAGGCCACCUCAUGAGGCACAUGAAAACGCACAAUUCAGAGAAGCCCUACAAGUGUCACUACUGUGAAUAUGCAACAGUGCAGCAAGGUAAUCUUAAACGGCACAUAUUGAUCCACACUGGGGAAAAACCCUUCCGAUGUGAGGAGUGUAAUUACACUUGUAGCCGCAUGGAGAAUUUGAAGCGGCACAAGCAAAUUCACACCGAAAAGACAUUCUUGGGGGAAGGCAGCAGUUCGGUGAAAUCUGAGAAACCCUAUUGUUGUAUAUUGUGUAAUUUUAAAGCCCAGUACCCAAGCAUCCUUGCAAGACACAUGAAGACGCAUGCUGAUGUGACCAGGAAAGACGUGGGUGCCCAACAUCUUCGCACAGGUAAAAAGCCUUUCCAGUGUGGCCAAUGCACCUAUUCUACUUGCAGUAUAACCAGCUGGAAAGGGCACUUGCAGGAUCACCUGGACAAUGAAGUGGAGCCACAGUGCAAGGAAGAAAGAGAGAGUGAAAAUGUCCAGAAACAUUUUUCUUGCAAUCUGUGUGACUUCAUCACACAACACCCAAAUGAUUUAAUGGGGCACAUGAAAACACACAGCACGGGCUCUGUGUCCAGUGACCCCCAGUCACCUUCCGAAGAGAGAAUUGUCCAUCAAAGUAGUGAAAACAUCUUCUCUUGUAAAUUGUGCAGUUUUGUCACCCAGUAUCCCAACCACUUCAUAAUGCACAUGAAAGCACACAUGAAAACACACAGCAACAGCAAAAGUGAGUACCAGUGUUCCCACUGCAACUAUACCACCAAGCAAUCUGGAAACUUCAAGCGCCAUAUCCAGGUUCAUUUGGGUGUAAGGCCAUUUAAAUGCAACAAAUGCAACUAUGCAUCCAUUAAUUUUGCAAACUUGAAGAGGCACUUGCAAACGCACGUGAAACAAGCAUCUAGCCAUUUGGAUUCCUCCCCUUCUGACAUAGCUGAUCUGGUACAACCAGAAAGUAUUAGCAUAAAAAAAGAGAUAGAGAAUGGUCUAUCUACACAGGAAGAAAACAUUGAAAACGAUAAUGACCCUCCCUCCUGUGAGGUCAGUGGCUCUAUCCCUAGCCGUGUUUCAAGGAAUUUGAAACGGAAGAGACAGUAUAAAUGUUCACAUUGCUAUUAUGAAACCACAGAAUUGGGGAACCUUAACCGACACAUCAGGAGCCACAAAGGAGAAAAGCCCUUUAAGUGUAGCCAGUGUAAUUAUGCUUCCACCCAAUUAGUCAAUGUCAAACGGCACCUUCGAACACAUGCAGGAAAGGAAUCCUACCAAUGUAUCCAGUGCAAGUUUGUGUCCAAUAGCAAGGCAACCUUUAAACGACACAAACAGAAUCAUAUGGAAAGAAUGGAGAUAAAGCAAGAAGGGGAGAAUGAGAAUAGCCUUAGCAAAGAACAGAAAGUCUUUUCUUGCAAAUUGUGCAAUUUUGUCUCGCAGUACCAGAGCAACCUCAUAAGACACAUGAACAUACACAACUACAGAAGGCCAUAUAAAUGUUCACAGUGUAACUAUGUCUCUGCCCAACUGGGCAACCUCAAACGGCAUAUGAGGAACCAUAUAAAGAAAGAAACUUUCCAAUGUGACCAAUGCAACUACUCAUGUGCUUCUAUGACCAACCUCAAGCGACAUGCCAGGGUUCACAUAAACUCCAAUGUGUCCGACUUUCUGAAGAAUGCUGAUGAACCUGGAAGCCUCCUAGAGCCAGGGGAUGGAGAGGAGGAAUCUGACUCCCUCCCGGAACUUUUGCUUCCUUUCACUUGUCAACAGUGUGGCAUGGUGCUGGAUGACUGCGCGCAGGAGAAUAGUUUGGUCAGCCAGCUGUGUCCAAGGUGUGUCUUUGAUGGCUUGACCAAGGAAUUAGGGGAUGAGGGUGAGGAAGAGGGCAUGGGAGGAAGGCAAACCAGCCCAGAAAAAGUCGACAAGGUUUUCCCUUGCAAGCUGUGUACUUUUGUCUCUCAGUAUUCCAAUCACCUGGUGAGGCACAUGAAAACACAUAGUGGUGAAAAGCCAUAUAAAUGCUCGCAUUGCGACUAUGCUUCAGCACAUCUCGACAACCUCAAGAGGCACAUCCGCAUUCAUACUGGUGAGAAGCCCUUCAAGUGCGAUCGGUGCAACUAUGCCUGCGGCAACAUGGCUAACUUAAAGCGACAUGAACGCAUCCACUCUGGCGACAAGCCAUUUAAGUGCAACAUCUGCAACUACAGCUGCAAUCAGAGCAUGAAUCUCAAACGCCACAUGCUGAGGCACACAGGUGAGAAACCAUUCAAAUGUCCCCAGUGUGAGUACACCACUGGACACUGGGACAACUAUAAAAGGCAUCAGAAGACACAUGGAUGGAUGGAUGAAUCCCAGAAAGAUUGCCAGGAGCAAAGACGAAAGUCAGGCAUGACAAACAGAGCAUUAUAACCAUGCAUCGAUUAAUCUUUGUCAAGAAGUCUCAUCAAUAACUGGAACCAAUAUCAGUGUUACACAUCCCUAUGUGUGCGCGUUUGGUCAUUCUGUUUGGUCAAACAUUGGCUGAACUCCUAGACUUGGUGACACAUUUUUAUCAGAUUUUUAUUGCGAUUGUAAAAGAAAAUCUGAUUCAUAUGUUUCCGCAUGUUUCUGAAAUACUUGAGUUAUGGUCAAGCCUGCCCUGUAAUGUGUGCUUGCUUCUUGUUGAUAUGACAAAGCAUGACAUCCUGCAACAAACUUUGCAUGUGUUACUAUAUUCUGCCUGAGUGCCACAAAUUUGUAUAAAAACUCCUGGAGGCA